GGGUGACACAGGGUCCCUUUCUCCCUCCACAGCUCGCCUUUCCCCAGACACUGCGCCUCUGCCGGAGAGGAGCCUGAGGGAGGGGCCGGAAGCGCCGCCAUCCGUCCUCAGGCUCCAAAAGCCAUGUCCCAGGAUUUGGUGACAUUUGGGGAUGUGGCUAUAGAUUUCUCUCAAGACGAGUGGGAAUGGCUAAAUCUUGCUCAGAGGAAUUUGUACAGGAAGGUGAUGUUGGAGAACUACAGGAACCUGGAAUCGCUGGGAGUUUCCGUUUCGAAGCCAGAGGUGAUCUCACUUCUGGAGCAAGGAAGAGAGCCCUGGAUGGCAACGAAGGCCAGGACAGAAGGCACAUGCUCUGAUUGGGAGUAUGCAUUUAAAAACAGUGAAUUUUCAUCAAAGCAAGUUAUUUAUGAAGAAUCAUCCAAAGUAGUGACAACAGGAAGAAGCCAUCUUAGUUACAGCCUUGACUGCCCCAGUUUGAUAGAAGACUAUGAAAGUGGGGACUGGUUUAACAACAAGUUGCAAAGUAAGGAGGUACAUCCUAGUCAACUGAUCAUCACGCAUAAGGAAAUCCUUACUGAAGAUCAAAGUAGUGAAUGUACUAAAUCUUGGCAAACUUUCCAUCAGGAUGCAAUAUUUUCUAUAAAACAGGGUUUUCCCACCAAAGAAAGAACACGUAAGCAUGAGCCACAGAAGAGAAAAUACUGCAAAAAAUCUGUGGACAUGAAGCCUAAGAAAGUCUAUGUAGAAAAGAAACUUUUGAAAUGUAAUGAGUGUGAGAAAGUUUUCAACCAGAGCUCAUCCCUUACUCUUCACCAGAGGAUUAAUACUGGGGAGAAACCCUAUGCCUGUGUUGAAUGUGGGAAAACCUUCAGCCAGAGUGCAAACCUGGCUCAACAUAAGCGAAUACACACCGGGGAGAAGCCCUACGAAUGUAAGGAAUGUAGGAAAGCCUUCAGCCAGAAUGCACACCUCGCUCAGCACCAGAGAGUUCACACUGGAGAGAAACCUUACCAGUGUAACGAGUGUAAGAGAGCCUUCAGCCAGAUUGCACACCUAACGCAACACCAGAGGGUUCACACUGGAGAGAGACCGUUCGAAUGUAUUGAGUGUGGAAAGGCCUUUAGUAACGGUUCGUUUCUUGCUCAACAUCAGCGAAUUCAUACAGGGGAGAAACCUUACGUAUGUAAUGUGUGUGGGAAAGCCUUUAGCCAUCGUGGUUACCUAAUCGUGCAUCAGAGGAUUCACACCGGAGAGAGACCUUACGAGUGUAAGGAAUGCAGGAAGACCUUCAGCCAGUAUGCGCACCUGGCUCAGCACCAGAGAGUUCACACUGGAGAGAAACCGUAUGAGUGUAAGGUGUGUAGGAAAGCCUUCAGCCAGAUCGCAUACCUUGAUCAGCACCAGAGGGUCCAUACUGGAGAGAAACCCUAUGAAUGCGUUGAAUGUGGGAAGGCCUUCAGCAAUAGUUCGUCGCUGGCACAACACCAGCGGAGUCACACGGGAGAGAAACCUUACAUGUGUAAGGAGUGCAGGAAAACAUUUAGCCAGAAUGCAGGCCUUGCUCAGCACCAGCGGAUCCAUACUGGAGAGAAACCUUACGAAUGUAACGUGUGUGGGAAAGCCUUUAGCUACAGUGGCUCUCUUACCCUGCAUCAAAGAAUUCACACUGGAGAGCGACCCUAUGAAUGUAAGGACUGCAGGAAAUCGUUCAGGCAGCGUGCACACUUGGCUCAUCACAAGAGAAUUCACGCUAUGGAGUCUUUCUUGAGUCUCUCCUCUUCCUCACCCUCCAUGUCCAGCCAUUUGCCAAAAGCUAUAGGUUUUAUCUCCUAAAUAUGCCUUGAAUCUCACUCCUUUAAUCAUUUCCGCUCCAUCAUCUUCAUCCAGUGCACAAUAACCUACUUGACAUGGUCUAUGGAAAUAGCUUCCUAAUUGGAUUACUGUGUUGACCACUUACUUUUGUCAGUUGUCACACUGCAGACAAAUCUAUUAAAAAUAGUUUGAUCAUAUCACUCUCAUUAAAACCCCUCCUGGCAUACUAUAGUUCUUAGGUUAAAGCACAUAGUCCUCAAAAUAGCCUAAAAGAACUUCCCCCAAUACCUUGUUCCAGUCUACCUUACAAAGCCCCAUGUCAUGCCAAUAUCCAUCUCAUUCUCUGAAGACAUCCAGAAUUAAGAACACAUGCCCGCAUCAAAUACAUCUUGGUUCUAAUCCUUGCUCUUCCCUUUUUUAGCCCUCUAAUCUUGGAGAAACAUUUUGUCAUUUGUAAGCUUCAGUUUUUAGAAAAAAUAUAUAUUUCAUUGAUUUUUUACAGAGAGGAAGGGAGAGGGAUAGAGAGUCAGAAACAUUGAUGA